AUGUCGAAGAGGAGCAUUCCAAGUCGGAAAAGAAUGCAAUCGGAGGAGGGAAGACUAUUACGAAGUGGCACUCUGGCGAUCCUUCAUGCAAGCGCUUGCAAAAUUGGAGGAUACCUGAAGGGGUAUACCUUCACCAAGAAAUGGACACAUGAUGUCGUAGACCACAGCACCUUUCAUUGCCAAUCAAGCACUCAGACAGAGUGUCACUUCCCUGACAGAAGAGUGACAGAGGUACAUAACUCCGGCUCAAUUCCUCCAGCGUUGAGGAUCGGAACGGUCUACGCUCCCGCAAACGCGGUGACAGUGGGUGCAAGCAAGUCACAGUCAUAUGGCCUGAACUCGCAGUUGAUCCAAGAGCUUCACGAAAGCGUGAACUUCAGACUCCAGGACGACUCCAAACUCUCGCAGUAUCACUAUCAGGGCAGGACAGCUUCAGGAGAUGGUUCAAUGCUGCUACUUGAGCUCAAGAAAGGCGUGAAUACGGUUGGGGACGUAAGGGCGACCUUGAAGAAAUCUUUGCGUCCGGGCAGCCUAUCCAUUGUUGCAAUGCAAGAUGAGGACGGACACUUGGUGGCGGGCUCCAUGAAAGGGUCAAAGAUCAAUUGGUUGAGGGCAGGCAGCGUGAGUUUUGACGAGAUCAUUUUGGCCAAGAUGUCCGAGAAUGAGAGCAGCACAAUGGGUAUUCGCAUCGUGGGGUUCCUCUUGGUUUGGCUUGCCCUAUACUUCAUCACCGACCUACUGGCCACAAUGCCUAACUUGAUCCCCUGCAUUGGUCCCAUGAUUAGUGAUAUUGUGGGCUGCAUGCUUUGCUUCAUGAACUUUUUCGUGGCAGCGGCAUGCUCUGCGCUGGUGAUUGCCGUGGCCUGGCUUAUGGCAAGGCCGCUUUGGGCCGCAGCAGCACUGGGGCUGGUUUGCCUCCUAAUGUGCGGCGCCGGGGCCGUCUUCCGCUCUGCCAAGUCCAAGGCAGGCGGUGAGAAGCUUAUGGAUGAGGCCAGCAAGGCAGAAAACGGAUAUGGGACCCAAGUUGAGGCUGGAGUUCCCGCCUAUGCUGCGACACCAGCAGUCGCCAUGCCCGCAGCGGCACCAAUCCAGGCGGUGGCAGUUGCCCAGCCCAUCCCCCAGACGCAGGUGACGGUGACGUGCCCGGAUGGCUCGGCGCCAGGAACGCUGGUUAAAGUUCCUCUUGCAGAUGGCCGAUUGGUGCAAGUGCAAGUGCCGGAAGGUGUUCUUCCUGGACAACCGUUCCUAGUUACUGCCUGA